AUGUCUACACUAGCUGACGAGCUGCUCAAUGAUUUUGAGGACUCAGGUUCUGAAGGUGAGGGUGAGCAGCAGAACGGAUUCCUUCGAGAUGACGCGACACCGCCCGCAACCAACGGCCGAGCUCAAGCUCCUGAAGGGUCUAUGGUCUUAGAUGGAGACGAAGAAGAUGUGAGCGAGGACGAAGAAACAGCUCUCGGAGGUGUAAGAGCGACUGGCGCCGCUGCAAACGUCGAAGAUGAGGAAGAAGCCAAGGCCAAGGUUGAGAAGAUGCAACUUGGGGGAGUGAAUGAUGUGCGAAGUGUUGCAGGUCUGAUGGAGACGCUGGAACCAGUAUUACAGAAAAUCUCCCAUUACCAAAAUCGUCCACCUGGGCAGCAGACCACUUUUGUUGGUUCGAUCGAAGACAAUCCGGAGUAUCAUCUUCUCACACAGUCCAAUACGCUUUCCACGUCAAUUGACAAUGAGAUAAUCCUGGUGCACAAGUACAUCCGCGACCACUACUCAAUCCGCUUCCCGGAGCUGGAGACACUCGUUACAAACCCUCUCGACUACGCCAAGUCUGUCGCAAUCAUUGGCAAUGGGCCCAUGGAUAACAUCAAAGAACUUGCGCAGAAGACCGAUAACAUUGUCAGCGCAUCGCUGAAGUCGAUCUUAGACGGACCUUCGCUCAUGGUUGUUACUGUCGAGGCUACCACGUCGAGAGGACGAGAAAUGACAGAGGCAGAGCUGCAAAGAGUUUUGAGAGCUUGCGAGAUGACCUUAUCCUUAGAUCGAGCGAAGAGAGUACUCACCGAAUACGUUCAAUCAAGGAUGAAUCUAUUCGCACCGAAUCUCACAGCGCUGAUCGGGUCCCUCACUGCAGCGCAGCUGCUUAAUUUUGCUGGAGGUUUGACCGGCCUUGCGAAGACCCCGGCGUGCAAUCUACCUCCACUUGGAUCGAAGAAGCAAUCACAGACCGGCUUUGCCACUAAUGUUGGUGUACGGCAGCAAGGCUUCCUCUAUCAUUCUCCCAUAAUCAAAGGCAUACCCAAUGACCUCAAGCGUCAAGCCAUGCGUAUAGUUGCUGCAAAAGUCGUCCUCGCAGCUCGCGUUGAUCGUGUUCACAAUAGCCCUGACGGCUCCAGCGGCGAACAGCUCAAAUCGGACUGUUUAGACCGCCUCGAAAAACUCACAGAACCUCCCCCUAAUAAAGGACCUCGAGCUUUGCCUGCUCCAGAUGAUAAGCCAUCUAGAAAACGUGGUGGCCGACGUGCCCGCAAAGCCAAAGAAGCGACGGCAAUGACUGACCUUCGCAAAGCGCAGAACAGGAUGGCAUUUGGUAAGGAGGAGAAAGAAGUCGGUUAUGCAGAGACCACGAAAGGUCUCGGUAUGAUCGGCCAGGCGAAUGAGGGCCGCAUCCGCUCUCAGCAAAUCGAUCAGCGAACGAAAGCCAAGCUCAGCAAAAACAACAAGGGAUGGGGCACUGCAACGCCUCUCGGUUCAGGUACCGCAACCUCCCUUCGCGGAUUUGGACAGUCUGGUGGCAACACCUUCGCUCAGCAUGGCUUACGAACAGCUGGCGUUGGGGCUGGCACGAGCGGGACUGCGAGUAGCAUUGCUUUCACGCCCGUGCAAGGACUGGAGCUUGUGGAUCCUAAGAUGCAGGCUGAACGGAAAAGGAAGCUAGCUGAGGAGGAUGAUCGGUGGUUCAAGGGUGGUACUUUCACGCAGGUUGGGGGUGCUGCUGCGUCUAAUGCAAAUGGAGUUGUAACAGACAGUGGAGGGUUCAAAGUACCCGGGCUGCCAGUCAAAAAGAUGGCGAAAAGGGAAGGUUGA